AAACUAGAAAUUUCGCAGCAACAGAUCACGAAAGCAAACAAACGGCAGCAUUGAAAUUUUAGAAAUGAACUUAUCAGUUGAGUCGAAGCGGCUCACGGCACAAUUCAUUCAGACGUUGUGCAAAGCGGUUCGCUGUCGUGUCGUUGGUUCCAUUUGAGGUGUGCUUUAGUCUUUCAGCUGGCAGUAAAGUCCAGGGCGAAAUAGUGUCAAAGCAAUUGAAAUUGAAGUCAAAGAUCCAGCAAGCCACAAGUUUUUAUCGGCAAUUGAGUGUGUGAGCUUUAUCAUUUUUCGACUGUUUCUGCGGAGGCUCGACAUAUACAAACACUUCCAAGCGAUCCACACAACGAAAGCAACAGAAGGUCGCAUCAUGGAUAGCGUAAAGUCAUUCUUCGCUGGCUCCAACAAGGACAACAAUCUCGCAAAUCAUCAGCAGCAGCAUGGACAUCCGAAUGGCAGUGUCAUGCCCAAUCGCUGGGGCCGUAACUGGAACUGCAGCAGCCAGCACACGGAGAGCAGUUCCUCGUCCAUUGCAAAUCCAAAUCACUGCAAUGCCAAGCGCAAGGACAGCGAUAAUUAUUUUUAUAUCAUGUGGCGCGCCUGAAGCCAACACGUUGGCCAAUACGUUGGAUAAGCCAUCAUCAUCUAAAGUGACCUGCAGCUUAAGAAAUCUGUACAUC